AUGACUCUAGCGAGCUUAGGGGGGGGAUGCUGGGGGGGGCGGCGCGGGCGGUGGGCGGCGUCGGGCGGUGACGUCAGACGGGGGGGCGCGCGGCCGCGGGAUUGGUGGAGCUGCGCGCGCCGCUACCGAAUAUGGGACCGUGGCUCCAUUGAUAAAAGUGCGACGCGGGGUCGCGCGGCGCCAGUCCCUUUCGCACCGGCCGCG